GAUGGCCAUGUCCAGCCAGAACCUCAGCUUCGGACUCCUUCUGCUGCCCAGCUUCCAGUGGCUCGACGCUGCAGGUCCCGUCGACUACAUCAACAACCACUCGCAGGCCAUGCUCCAGGCCAUCGGUCUUCCCAAGGAGGACGUUGCCAGAGGGCCGAUCAUCACCUGGCACUAUAUCUCCUUCGACCUCUCGCCCGUGCAAGCCACCUCGGGCCCAACCCUCAACCCCUCUACGACCUACACUGACUGUCCCCCGCUCGACUACCUCAUCGUCCCGGGGCCCGAUCCAAGGGCACCGCUGCCCCCUGGCUGCGCCGAGUUUUUGAAGGAACGUUUCGAGGGGCUUAAGGGCCUCCUCACGGUGUGCACUGGCAGCAUGGCGGUGGCGCAGACUGGGCUCUUCGACGGGUAUAAAGUGUGCACGAGCAAGUUCGGCCUCAAGACGGUCCAUUCAUUGGGGCUGCUGAACAAGAAGGUGCAUUGGGUUGGGGAUAGGCGUUGGAUUGUGGAUAGGAAGGUUUGGAGUGCGGCGGGAGUCACGGCGGGUAUCGACCUUGGUGCAGAGUUUGCAAGGGUAAAUUUCGACCCGAUGUUGGUGGAAUUGACGAAGACCGUGUCGGAGUACACGCCAAACCCUGAUCAGCCGGACGACUUCACAGCCAUCCUAAAUGGAAUCGACUACAACAACUG